AUCAUGCGGCGCCCGGGGGGGCGGGUGGCGGGGCGCUGCGGCGGAGGGCGGCGUGGAGCCCGGCCCGGGGCCCGGGGGCGCCCGCGCGUGUGAGGGGGUCCCGCGUGCCGCGCGGCGCCCACCCCGCGGCCGCACGUGGGCGGGAGCGGCGGCCCGCGAGGAGCCGGAGCCGGAGGAAGAGGAGGGGACGCGCGGCGGCGCAGCGGGGACCCCGGGCCGCCCGCGCGAAGCCCCGCCCCGGCCACCGAGCCCCGCGCGCGCGGGCGGGAUGCCCCGCGGCCGCCGCACUUCGGCCCGAGCGCUGCCCUGAGCGGGGCCGGCGGAGCGGCCGCCGCGGGCGCCAUGGAGCAGUGGCGACAGUGCGGCCGCUGGCUCAUCGACUGCAAGGUCCUGCCGCCCAACCACCGGGUCGUGUGGCCCUCGGCCGUGGUGUUCGACCUGGCGCAGGCGCUGCGCGACGGCGUCCUGCUCUGCCAGCUGCUGCACAACCUCUCCCCCGGCUCCAUCGACCUCAAGGACAUCAACUUCCGGCCGCAGAUGUCCCAGUUCCUGUGCUUAAAGAACAUCCGCACGUUCCUGAAAGUCUGCCACGACAAAUUUGGGCUGCGAAACAGCGAGCUGUUUGACCCCUUUGACCUCUUUGACGUCCGGGACUUCGGGAAGGUCAUCUCUGCCGUGUCCAGACUCUCCCUGCACCAUGUGGCUCAGAACAAAGGAAUCAGGCCCUUCCCCUCGGAGGAGACGGCGGAGAACGACGACGACGUGUACCGCAGCCUGGAGGAGCUGGCGGACGAGCAUGACCUCGGGGAGGACAUCUACGACUGCGUCCCGUGCGAGGACGAGGGGGACGACAUCUACGAGGACAUUAUCAAGGUGGAGGUGCGGCAGCCCAUGAAAAUGGGCAUGUCUGAGGAUGACAAGAGGAACUGCUGCUUGCUGGAGAUUCAGGAGACCGAGGCCAAGUACUACCGGACCCUGGAGGACAUCGAGAAGAACUACAUGACGCCCCUGAGGCAGGUGCUGAGCCCGGCAGACAUGACAGCCAUCUUCAUCAACCUGGAGGACCUGAUCAAGGUACAUCACAGCUUCCUGCGGGCCAUUGACGUGUCCAUGAUGGCGGGCGGCAGCACUCUGGCCAAGGUCUUCCUCGAUUUCAAGGAAAGGCUGCUGAUCUACGGGGACUACUGCAGCCACAUGGAGCGCGCCCAGAGCACGCUGAACCAGCUCCUCUCCGGCCGGGAGGAUGUCAGGCAGAAGGUCGAGGAAUGCACGCUGAAGGUCCAGGACGGGAAGUUUAAGCUUCAAGACCUGCUGGUGGUCCCCAUGCAGAGGGUCCUCAAAUACCACCUCCUCCUGAAGGAACUUCUGAGCCAUUCCACCGAUCGGCCCGAGAGGCAGCAGCUCAAAGAAGCGCUGGAAGCCAUGCAGGACUUAGCGAUGUACAUAAACGAAGUUAAACGGGACAAGGAGACCCUGAAGAAAAUCAGCGAGUUCCAGAGUUCUAUAGAAAACCUGCAAGUGAAGCUGGAGGAGUACGGGAGGCCGAAGAUCGACGGGGAGCUGAAGGUCCGGUCCAUUGUGAACCACACCAAGCAAGACAGGUACUUGUUCCUGUUCGACAAGGUGGUCAUCGUCUGCAAGAGGAGAGGCUACAGCUACGAGCUGAAGGAGGUCAUCGAGCUGCUCUUCCACAAGAUGACCGAUGACCCCAUGAACAACAAGGACGUCAAGAAGUCUCAUGGGAAAAUGUGGUCCUACGGCUUCUAUCUCAUUCACCUGCAAGGGAAGCAGGGCUUCCAGUUCUUCUGCAAGACGGAGGACAUGAAGCGGAAGUGGAUGGAGCAGUUCGAGAUGGCCAUGUCCAACAUCAAGCCAGACAAAGCCAAUGCCAACCACCACAGCUUCCAGAUGUACACUUUUGACAAGACCACCAACUGCAAAGCCUGUAGAAUGUUCCUCAGGGGCACCUUUUACCAGGGCUACCUGUGCACCAGGUGUGGGGUCGGGGCACACAAGGAGUGUCUAGAAGUGACGCCUCCCUGUAAGAUCAGUUCCCCUGCAGACCUGGACGCCUCCGGAGCAGGACCUGGUCCCAAGAUGGUGACUGUGCAGAAUUACCACGGCAGCCCGGCUCCCCCGGGGAAGCCAGUGCUGACCUUCCAGACGGGCGACGUGAUCGAGCUGCUGAGAGGCGACCCCGAGUCUCAGUGGUGGGAGGGUCGGCUGGUGCAAACCAGGAAGUCAGGCUACUUUCCUAGCUCAUCCGUGAAGCCCUGCCCCGUGGACGGAAGGCCACCCGUCAGCCGGCCGCCAUCCCGCGACAUCGACUAUACCGCCUACCCCUGGUUUGCGGGCAACAUGGAGAGGCAGCAGACGGACAACCUGCUCAAAUCGCACGCCAGCGGGACCUACCUGAUCAGAGAGCGGCCGGCCGAGGCGGAGCGCUUUGCCAUAAGCAUCAAGUUCCACGACGAGGUGAAGCACAUCAAGGUGGUCGAGAAGGACAGCUGGGUCCACAUCACGGAAGCGAAGAAGUUUGAAAGCCUCUUGGAGCUGGUGGAGUACUAUCAGUGCCACUCGCUCAAGGAGAGCUUCAAGCAGCUGGACACCACGCUCAAGUACCCCUAUAAGUCCAAGGAGCGCGCGGCCUCCAGGGCCUCCAGCCGGUCCCCAGUGUUCACGCCCCGUGUCAUUGGCACGGCCGUGGCCAGGUACAACUUCGCUGCCCGGGACAUGCGGGAGCUCUCGCUGCGGGAAGGCGACAUGGUAAAGAUCUACAGUCGCAUCGGCGGAGAUCAGGGCUGGUGGAAGGGCGAGGCCAACGGACGGAUUGGCUGGUUUCCUUCAACGUACGUAGAGGAGGAGGGCGUCCAGUGACAGCGACGGCAUGGAUAGGACUCGUGGGUUUUCUUGUGAGAGUCCAGUUCUGAAGUCUGUCUCUAGCCCCGUGACGCAGAGGGGACAUGCCCGCCAACCUUCCAGUCUUCAACAGUCCGUAGGGAUGGGGAGGGUGUUCAAAAUCCUAAAUGGGAACCGGCCUGCUGCCCACCUGCCGUCAGUGGCCUGUUCUGGGUACGCUACUUGUACAUAGAGGCGAGUCGGGCCAGCCCUGCCGUGGCUGCCACCGCCAGAGCGCUAAGGAGAGGGAGCACCAGUGGCCUUCUGAGCCAGGCUCUGGAUGACAGCUGAGGCCAGAGCCUAGGUUUGAACAGUAGGUGCCACCCCAGGGAGGCCUGGGACAGCAGAGGAGACCUCCCUCAGCCCUCCUGCUCAGCUGUGAUGCUCAGCCUGCCUCCUUCCUGCUGCUCCCGGGGGGAAGCUUUGGGCCUAGAGAGUCAGAAGGGAGCAGAGCCAAGCCGUUUGCUACAGCCCCUGCCCGGUCCUAGCUCAGCCCCAGCCGUGCUCGGGUUUAGGAGAAGAGAGCAUUGCUAAGGGGUCUGUGCGGGCCCCUUGAUCCCCUCCUGGCAUUCUGCACUCGGGCUGUGCAGAGACUACCCAGGGCAGGUCCCCCUCUCCGGAGGGAGCCUUAGCAAACGACGCAGUUGCCACCCCUGCUCCCAGUCAACGGUACUGUUCUUGGCCCUGAAUCCCAGGAGUGUGUCAGUCCUGUCCUACUGCCAGGUGGAUACACCUUUUGUAAAUCCUGAUACAGGUGAGAAGAAAACGGAGUUUUCCCCUCACUCAGGCCCUGCUGCUCACGUUCCCCUCCAAGGGGAGGCCCCUGAGUGCCCCCCGGCGGGCGGCCCUUCUGGGUCUUCUGUGUCCUGCAAUGUGGUUCCUGAGGGUCUCCCAGCUUUUGCACAGGAUGUUAGUUCCAACCCUUGGCAAGUCUUCCUCCGACAGCCCACGAACUGGGCCUGUGGUCAGCUCGAAAUAAGGGCUCUUGGGCGAGGCCUUCCCCCUGAACUCUCCCUCCUGACUCCUCCUGGCCUCUGAGCUCUGGCUGUUUUGUCCAGACCCUUUACCUCCACCUGGAUGUUGCAUGAGACCUAGGGACGCUGUGUCCUCGCGGGCUCCGUGCCACAGCUGCGGGAGAAACCUGGCUGCACGCGUCCCCUGUCCCUUGGUGGGCUGCCCUGCCCUGUGCGGGGGGAGACCGGGAAAGGCCGGGCAUGGGGAAGGCUAGCCCCCGCUGCGGUGGGAGCUGUUGCCACUCUGCACUCCUGGGCUUUCUUUGAAGUCAGCCGUGUGGCCUCCAGGCUCGGCUCCCAGGCCCCAUGUCGCAGAAUGGGGAGGAGGUGGGGGGCGGUGGGGGGGACAAUUAGCAGCAAGGGCAAGAGAGAAGGCCGCCUACAGGUGAACAGAUCGCGUUUGGGGGCAGAAGGCCAAGGGGAAGGAAGCAAAGAGCCGGCCUCGGAGAGAGCAGGCCCCAGCCCCCAUCAUCAGGGUGCACCCAGCACUUUGCGCACAGCCCUGGGCUUGGCCGGCCCAGCCAGGAGCCUGGGGUCGGGGUGGGGGGAGCCAGCCAGCCCCUUUUGUGUUUACUGUUGUCGAAGAGGUUUUGUUUUUGUUGUUUUGUUUUUGGUUUGACAUGUUUGUUUUUUAAGGGAAGAGAACAGUUUGUAAUUCUCUCAUCCAAAGCUCCGUUGUAUGUCUGUGAAUAACGAGGAAGAUAUUUUAUAAUAGCAAGAAAACGAUGUAUAUUUGAGGUUAUUAUGAAACAAGUCAUCACGACAACGAAGGACACUGAGGAGACAGACGUUGGAACCCUGCGUUUUGUGAAUGUUUGUUCGGUUUUUGUUUGCUUUGCGACCUGGAUCUGGUUGGUUGGGCUUUACUGUGUGAGGGAGGGCUGGGGGCUGGGGGCAGGCUGGGAAGCGGCCGGUUUCAGCAGGACCGGGAGGCCUUCUGGAGGGGCUUUGGACCUGGGGCCCGAGAUGAGCUGUGAACACUUAGGAGCCUGAUGCAUGCGGGUCAGGGAUUGGGGGUCCCGCAGCUGGUGACGACCCCAAACGGGACACACACUGUACAUUUGCCGCUAGGUUUUUCAGACCAGUUUUUAUUGCAAAUAAACUUAACUUCUUUUCUGCA